AGAGAGCUGAAGAACUCCGUGUAUCUCCGUGACAACAGUGUCCGCGUGCAUCGGCGAGAGAGAGCAUUGCCGCUAUCAGUGUUACUUCGGCUGUCCUCGCGCGAGCAUCCGAACUCUGUUCUCUCUGUCAACCGUUCUCGUGAACUCUGUUCGGUUCGGCGCGCGACAGCGCCUAACCGGCCGCCGACGCGUCGCAAACGAAACCCGACGAUAUCUUUCCCGUUCGCGCAGAAACUUCCGCGUGCCGCGUGUCUCCUCGUUCGUUCCCGUCGCGUCGAAGCGAGAUAACAAAGCGGUCCAGCGAAUCUGAAACGGAUCGCGAUAACGAUCAGCUGCAACAACGAAUUCCGUUCGAAAUUAUCCAAAAAAUAAUUCGUAAUCACGUUCGAUAAAUUCAGUGACGUUUCGACGACGAUCCACCGAUAACCCCGCUUCCCAUAGCGCAGCGAUUUCUUCCGAUGUUCGAGCCGCGUGGAACGUAUCGAUCUUCCAUGAGAUCUCUCAUCGUCCGGUAAUCGUCAGUAUAUUACAUAAAGGGAACGACAAUAUGCGGAGUGCCGUGGCGCUACCUAAAGAUAAAUAACCGAAUUAAAUUAGUCGGCCGUAAAAACUCUUCCGGACGCAGCCUGUCGUAAUCUAUUCGACGUAAGAGUCACAUAUCCGUGAAGCCGUAUUCGCCGUAGGGCCUCUCGGACACGUUCGUUUGUUUGUCCCUUUUCCCCCUCCGUUGUAGCCGUGUCGGGACUCGGAACGUAAACAAACCGCGGCUCGUUCGGACGUCGCCAGCGGAACGGUGAAACGGUGGAAACGGGUCUCCUCUCUUCGGUACAGUGCGAGCCGCGACCGCGAGGGGAAUAGCCGGAGAAGAUCGGCGAUAUUUAUCCUGGAUAGAAAGUAAUUGUGCGUCGUAAAAUCAGUGGUGUCGGAAGUUCCGCGAGAUGUGUCGCAUCGUUGCGUCCAUGUUGGCGACGAGAUUUCGCAGGACGUCGAAAAGUCGCUCCACAGGACUCGAUCUUAAAUAACAACGAGUGAGAGAGAGAGGGAGGAUCGUCAUUGGAGACGGAAAUCGAAUUAGAGAGUUUCAUUGGCCGCCGUACACCGACCAAUAGAAAUUUAUCAAACCGAAACGAAACUAUCGACUGUCGGUAUUUACGGACCCGUUGUCAAUUCAGUCGCGACCAACACCAUCGAACAUUUGGAUAUCCCCCGUUGGUUAUGUCCGUUGUGUAAAACCGAUUGUUCGGGGAGGAGGACUGUAUUUAUAAUCUUGAGUGUUCUCUCGAUACGGUGGAAAUUAUCGCGGAGGAAUCGUUUUUCGAUUUAAUCGACCGUAACGCGCGUGAAGAGGGAAGCGACACGUGGUGAGCAGUGCACGUUUUCGCAGAUCUUUCUCUGGCUGCCGAUUCUGCAAUUAGAGAGAGACAGACAGGUGUCAUCAGUGCGUCAUGAAUACACCGCAGAAGCCGAAGCAGUACCGUUCGCCGCAUGGGUGCCUGGGUUAACGAUCGUUUCGCGGAGGAGGAGGUGGUCCCGAUUAACCAGGGUCCGAGGAGAAGGAAGACUUCAGGCAUUCUGGGCCAGAAUUGCGAUGGUGGCGGUCCAGGCGGGAUUCCACAGCCUUCAAAGAACUUUAAAUCGUCCACUUCCCCAGCGUCGUUGUUGCCGUUACGCCGUCAGUUCACUAGACAGUUGUACGAGUGGCCGUGCUUACCGCUGUUUAAAUCAAGGACGAAACUAAAUCGGUUUAGGAUCGGUUCGACCGUCGCUGUGAUUCGAGUGAUAUAACUGUUUCUGGUGUCCAGAGGUGUUCCAAGUGGUUCCGGGAAACUUCGGCUCGACGAGGCAGGAGAACGGGUUCUAGAGAGCCGCGUACAGAGUCGCAGAGAGGCGUAGAGAGGUAUAAGAGAGGCGUAGUAGAGAGGUAUUCGAAGGGACAGCGUCGAUGUCGUUGCAUUAGCUGCCCGCGGGACGACUGCGCCUGAACAGCGGUCUCCAAUCUCUUCGUGGUGCCUUGGCGCGAUCAUCAUGGCCGAGUGGGGCCGGGUGAAGCUCAACGAGGAGAAGCUGACACAAUCGAGCGAGACGAUCGACCUGGAGGAAGGUAUCAGAGGGGACGAGUACGACAGCGGGUCGCGGCAGGAGCUGAACAACGGGGAGAUAGCGAGGCGAGAACGUGACGAGGAGCUGCUGAUCGAGAGGAGACGGUCGUCGAGCGUGGCCGCGCAGGAGACGAAACACCGGAAAUGCCGGGACGCCGCGUCGACGGUGCGGAAUUCCAUAUUGAAGGACGACUCGCCGAAGAGGGAGUUCCAGAAGAACUCGGACCAGAUAGGGAUCUUGUCCGAGGAGCAGUCGCAGUCGCUGAGCAACCAGAGCUACGAGAACGACGUGGCGAUCGAGAAGUUCGAGGACGCGGAGGACCGAAGGUGUUUGGAGAAGACGUACAACGGCUACGACGAUCCCGGCUCGAGGAUACGGGAGGAGGCGAGGCAGGAGCUGAGGAAGCUCUCGCAGAUCUCCGGGAAAGGUAAACGGCCGGUGAUACUGCAGAAGGAGGGCGUGUCCGGCUCCCAGAGGCGCAAGAACGUCGUGACGGUGGGGGGCUCGAUCUCGCCCACGAGGAUCCUGUCGGCGAAGAGCUGCCUGUCGCCGGAGAAGAGCACCGAGAAGCUCGUGAACGGCGGCUCGCCCCGGGAGGACAAGCAACAGCACCAUGUACAGUUCAACAAGGACUCGAAGAAGCAAUAUCCGCGCCACGACGACAGGUCGCAGCCCACCCCUUCGAUACCUACGUCGGCCAUCAGUACUUCCGAGGACAACUCGAGCUUGGGCCAGCUGUGCGAGGGCACGCCGCCCGACGGCGGCUGGGGCUGGGUGGUCGUCGUGGCCGCUUUCAUAGUGAAUCUGAUCGGCGACGGGGUCACGUUCUCCUUCGGCGUGAUCUACGUCGAGUUCUUGAACUAUUUCGACGAGGGCAAGUUCAAGACCGCCUGGAUCGGCAGCAUAUUCAUGGCGAUGCCGUUGCUGUGCGGCCCGGUGGCCAGCUUUCUGACCGACAGGUACGGCUGCAGACGCGUAUGCAUCGCCGGCAGCAUCCUGGCGACGACCGGCUUCGUGAUCACGUCCUACGCGAACUCGAUGGCGGUGCUGGUCUUCACAUUCGGCAUUCUGCCCGGCUUCGGACUGUCCCUUUGCUUCGUAACGGCCGUGGUGAUCGUCGCCUACUACUUCGACAAGAAGAGAUCGUUGGCGACCGGACUGUCCGGCUGCGGGAGCGGCAUCGGGACGUUCAUAUGCGCACCGUUGACGCAGUAUUUGCUCGACGAGUACGGAUGGCGGGGCACCACGCUGAUCCUGGCCGGGCUUUUCUUGCAGCUGGCCGUGUGCGGAUGCUUGAUGAGGGACCCGGAAUGGACGACCUCCAGGGCGAAGGCCAAGACCGAGGAGAGGAGGAAGAACAGGGAGAAGAAGAAGAGCAGAAUGCAGAGCUCCAGCGUGGACUCGUUCUCCGCUAACUGUUCCCUGAACACACUCACGAUCAUGGAGAAGCUGCGGCUGCAGGAGGAGGAGGACGAGGAGAAGCUGUUCUCCAGCUUGCUAAGCCUGCCGACCUUCGUCAAGACCGGCGAGAAGGUGCCCUCGGAGGUGCUGGAACUGCUGAGCACCCGGAAGAACGUUUACAACGUGCUGGUUCAGAAUUACCCGAACAUGCUGACGACCUCCUCGCAGCAACGCUUCAGCGACUCCGGGGCGCUGCACGACCAGCUCAGCACAACCUCGGCGAGGUUCACGGCCACGCCUAGCUCGCUGUCCGAGCUGAAGACCGAGGAGAGCAAGGACAAGGUGUUGUCGAACGAUCCGAUCGACGAUCAGAUCAUCGAGCAGCAGACCGACGCCGCGUGGCGCCUGUGGUCGAAGAAGACCAGCUUGGAGGACAGUAACUUGAAGAGAUCCAGCACCCUCGAACACUCGAGGAGAAUGCCGGCCGGGUUCUUGAAGGAUAUAAAAGUCCAUCGGCGCAGCCUUACUUACAGGGGCGCCAUGUUGAAUAUUAAUCGGUUGAGAGCGUCCAGCUGUCCGGACAUCUAUAGAAACUCGACCACCAUCACAAAGACGAAGCUCGUUUGGUGCGCCGGUUUGUGGGACCUUCUCCUCUAUAUGCUCGACUUCUCCCACUUUGCUGACUCGCGUUUCCUCCUGUUCGCCAUCAGUAACUUCCUACUACACACUUGGUACGACGUGCCUUACGUCUACUUGACGGAUAACGCGAUCGAGAUGGGAUUCAGCGAAACCGACGCCUCCAAUUUAAUAUCGGUUAUUGGAAUUACCAAUACGGUCGGCGAGGUUGUCCUUGGUUGGGCAGGCGACAGGGCAUGGCUAAACGCGUCCAUUGUAUAUGCAGUAUGCAUGGCAUUCUGCGGUGCAGUUACGGCUUUGAUACCCAAGGUGGUUAGAAAUUACUACUUAUUGUGCGUAAUUUCUGGUGCUUUCGGACUAUUCAUCUCGGCGAACUGCAGCCUCACCAGCAUCAUCCUCGUCGAAUUGAUCACUCUGGAGAGGUUCGCGAACGCUUAUGGCCUGCUGCUUUUGGUUCAGGGUGUUGCUAAUCUCGUAGGUCCUCCGCUGGCUGGAUGGCUGUACGAUAUCACAGGGAAAUACGAUUUAUCUUUUUACUUGGCCGGUCUCUGUAUCGCAUUGAGCGGGGCACUGUUGCUGGCGAUGCCUUUAAUUAGCCUGUAUCGUAAAUGUGUUUACGGAUCGAAGAAAGAAGAGACCGAUAAAGAUUUUUCAAGCCUGAACAGUGUUUAAAUUAUCCGAGGCUGAUCGACAGAGAUCGUUCCGUGGCAAAGGGAAAACUGUGGUCGACGCCGCGCGACGUACCGAAAUAUACGCUAAUAUACGAUCCAACCGAAUUUAUGCAAUAAUACUUUCCCAGUGGAAAACAAAAGGAAUUGCAAAUUACAUACACACACAUACACACAGUUCUGCCGAUCGUUACGAAUACAUACUGCGGCGACCGUCACACUUUAUCUCGCUUUUUGUGGUUCCUCUGUAGCGUAGGAAAAAAAAUUACGCGUUCGCGGCGUGAUUGAAAAACUAAAAAUAUACUCUCGAUGUGAUCGACCCGUGGAAAAACGUUAACGCGCGUCCACGCCCCUCGAAUCAUUGGUCCCUUUUACUACGGAAAAACACCAGUCCAUCUUGAAUUUCGAUGUAAAACACGAAAGCGGAUUUAGCAGCUCUCUUAAAACGAUUUAUAAGAAAACGAAACUCGCCCGUUUCAAACGAUGUACGAGAAUCGAAAGCGGCCCGAAACCGCGCGACCAUCUUCGAGGAAAUUCUAUUUCAUCAGCGUUAUCACACGACGGAGUUUCCUUUCAGUUUUCAAUCGUUCAACGUUGGAAACACCUCAACCGCAGGAUAAUGAUGCACGAUCAAUGGAAUGGCCCGUCUGUUGCGUCUGUUCCGCACGUUCGGAGAACAAAAUUCAAUUAUGCUGGCGGCGACCGUAAAUUUUGUCGAUGCGUUCCUCCGCGUCUUUCGCCUUUCUUCGACGAGUUUCCAUUCUGUGAAAAAUGCCCUUUGUGCGAAUCGAGGGGGUACACCACCACCACCACCACCACCACGUAAGAUUCGCGAACAAAUAUUCCAUUGAUUUUUUGUUAAUAUUCCUUUCCUCGGAUUGAUUGUUUUAAGCGAAUCAGAGUGGAACCUUUCUGAGGGAUGAUCGAGCAAACGUUUUAGCCAAAAAUUUUUACUUGUUCAAAAUGAUGACAGUGCCCGGUGUUAGACGAUAUCGUUUAACGUCGUGAAUUAUAAAUCUAUGUUCUAUAUUAUUAGGCUUUUUCAACAAUCUUUGGCUUACUUUUUAAACAAUAAAUAACGUGUGCGCGAUCUAUCUUUGUUCUGAGCGCCUUCUACGUUCUCCCUUCACGCAUCUCGCUGCUAGAAAGAGAUUCCUGAUUUUUCUAGAUCCAUCUUUCUCGAGAGCCUCAUUCACGCUAUCUAUCCAACUAAUCACUACGUUGGUCGAUAUAGAAGGGAAUCGAUUAAUUAUUCAACAUUAAUUAUUCCUCUCCUAAUCGCAAUUCCGUCUCAUAUACAAUUCUUUUUCAUACACACACCAUUGUCUCUACAUCUAUAUUCGAUACAUUAAAAACUUCGUCUCUUACUGCUAUAAACCGUUACAUACUAUAUAUAUAAAAAAACUCUAAAAAGCAACGAAAAAUAAAAAUAUAUUCACUCUGUCAUUAACGCUUUUCUAUGAUGCAUAAACUUUACCAAGCCUAGAACCUUUGUAAAUAUGUCCGUAAAUUGCUCUGCUGACUCACAGUAUUUUAAGACUAUCUUAUUCUCCAUAAUUUUCUCAUACGCAACAUGAUAUCUUACACCUGUAUGCUUUGAUCUAUGCUUGGAAGUUCCACUUUUCGCUAUCUUAAUCGCACAUUGGUUAUUCAGCAGCGAUUCAAUCUCCGGUUUGUCUUCUGUUAAUUGCUUCCUUAGAUGUUUUCGAUGCGCUAGGCUCCUUACAACGCUAUAAAUUCUGCCUCAGUACUCGACAAUGCCUGAUUGUUUCCUUGAACACCAACUUGUAGGACCUCCACAGUACUUUAUCGCAUGUCCAGAAGUGCUUCUUGUAUCUGUCCGCCUACUAUUAAGAUUUAUCGCAUACGCUAGAUCUGGCCCGAUUUGAUUUACCAAAUACGAUUUCCUUUUACCUGAUACUUCAUCUGGUUCAUUAGUCUGCAUUAAUGUGUCCACUAGUCAUAACAUUUCUAGCACCCGUUCAGCAUAAGACCUAUCUGUUCUUCCUAGAUCUUUCUCGAAUCUUAUCCACUAUCAUCUAUGCCACUCACGUCACACCUUGGUCGAUAUAGAACGGAAUCGAUUAAUUGUUUAACAGUGUCUAGCAUGUUUUUGUCUGCAAAUAGCCGACACCAAAAGCGAUACUAAAAUUCCUUUGCACAAGGAAUGUGUAAAAUAAGAAAUCUUUAUGUUGACGUGGUAUACGAUUUUUUGAACAGUUUUCAAAAGUAAAGAAAUACCUGAAAAAGAGUUUCAUAAAAAGGUUUCCAUGUUUUAAAUAAAAUAAUUAAUUUUGAAUGUUCGUGGAAAUUGAAUAGAACAGAAACAUUUGAGAAAUCGUAUGCUGCAGUGUAGAUAAUGUAAUGUAACGAAUGAUGCGUGAAAAUUUCAAUUUAAGCGGAUGAAUAGUUUCGUAGAUCUUUUGCGUAUUAAUAAUUACGAAACACGGUUUCGAAGAAACCGCCUUUGAAGUUUCAACAUUCGCGAAUAUGAUAUCUGACAAAAAACGAUUCCAGCAUAUGUUACAAAUGAGAUAUAGUAUUCUACGUACAUUAGAAGACUAUACGAAAAUUAUAAAAGAAAUUGAGUAGCCUUGACAAAGCGUUGGAGUAUUUAUUAAUACAUUCGAACGAUGAAGAUGACGACAGAGAUUACCAUGCAAUUUCUGAAAUAUUUUGCGAUGAUUCUUCCUCGAAGAACUGUUAAAUCUUCGAAUUUCUCCUGCUAAAAAAGAGCAGACAUUUCUGUAAUAAUAUCUUGUUCAUAGAUACGUUUGUUAUAGCAAAAAUGAGUAGAUGAACAAUUCUCUUGUCGAGGUAUUCUACUUCACUGCGACUAUAGUGUAACAAAAUUUUGCAAUAUUUGAGUGAUUUCGAAACGUUGUUUCUCGCUUAUACUCUGUACCUGCCUGUAUGCGUUGCC